AUCAAUCAAACAACGAUUGUCUCCGUGUUGGUUUUUUUCCUCUUACGAAUCGCAGGCAAAAGUCAACAAAAUGUGAAGUUUUUUGCAGCAAAAAAGCUAAAGAUGCCUCAUAUGACUGUUGAUUUUUUCGCGAAUUGGAAAAUUAGUGGUGUAACAUUUGAGGUUAACUGAGGAUUUACAGUUCUUCGGCAGUGAAAUCGCGUCUGAAUGUUGGCUAUGCUGUUGUUUCCCUCCAAUUUGGCGCGCCAUCUUCAGUGACUUAAGAGCAUUUAAUUAAGUAAGGUUUGUUUUGGUUGGCGUUGUGUCGUUGAAAAAAUCGUAAAAAUAGUGACUUAAAACCCUUUAAAUUAUGUUUCGUACUCCCAAACGCGGUAAAUUAACGAUUAAUAGUGAUGAUCAUGUGAAUAUAACACCGCCUAACCGAGUAUUGAAACCUAAAGUAUUAAAUUCGUUGGACAAAGGACCGGUUAACGGUAGCUCGAGUCCAGGGACAGAAAAUACAGUUCUUUCGCCAGGCGAGACUCGAAGGGGCCGCCCAAGGGCCGAAAUCUUAAAUACUCUCAUUCUAGAAGGAUCUACCUCUCCGAGCUCCAUUAAAUGUACUUAUUGUAAUCGAGUCUUUCCAAGGGAAAAGUCUCUGCAAGCCCACUUACGAACACACACAGGUGAACGACCCUACGAGUGCGAUUAUCCCCGAUGCACGCGCAAAUUCGCCCAAUCCGGACAACUCAAGACACACCAAAGACUCCACACAGGUGAAAAACCCUUCAUAUGUUCCUCGCCGAACUGCGACAAGCGCUUCACUCACGCUAACCGUCAUUGCCCCGAACACCCCGACAAACAACUCAAACGCUUCACGUCACCAGGUGGCACCUUCGAGAAAAAAUUUGAUGAAGGCCACAACGCGGAAGUCCGACAGUGGCUAAUAAAACUCGAAAAACGCAACAACAAGCGCUCCAGCAACUUGGACAACCUAGAAACCACUCCGAAAAAAUCCAGAAUCAAACGCGAAGAAUCCUCGUCUUAUAGAACCCCCAACUCCAGCUACAUGCUCCCGGAUGAAAACUCCCCCAAAUCCGAGAUCGACGAUAACGCGUCCGUGAAUUCGGAAAACUUCGAAAAUGGCCAGAGUGCGUCGUCGCCGAGGACUUCGCUGCACAACUUUGAGUUGCCCAAAGGGCCGAAAAAGCGCUGGCUGCAGGCGGUUCAGGACCAACAGUUGAUGGAUUCCAGCCAGGAUCUUGCCAGACCGAUUAACUGGGGAGAGGACGGGCCUAGUUCCGAUGGGGACGAUGUGAAGAUCGAACCGGUCGCUCUUGCCGAGUACGUGGAGCCGCAGGUCGUCGUGGAGAACCAGAAGCGCCCCACGGUUCUGGUGUGCGUGCAAGGGGGCAAGAGCAAGCAAAUUACGAGUGAUGAUAUGCAAGGUGCUAUAGCUUUGGUGGAGCUGAAAAACGGACAGAAAAGUUGUGUUAACUAUAAUUACAGACUUUGAUUUUCUUAUGUGAUAUGUUGUUCAAAUGUGCUCUGUUAUUUUAGGAGUGACCUUUGAGGUUGCCGUUUUAGAUUAUCAUAGGCUCUGAAGUUAAGGAUAUUGUGGGUUCUUGUCAGUCGACAGGAUGUAAUUUUAUAUUUAUAUGAAUUUACAAUAUUUUAUUUUUAUGUUGUGUUCAUUAAUUUCGUAUUUUAUUGUGUACAUCUGCAUCGACGUUGGUUUUUUGUAGGUUGUAAUUUUAAGGACGCACAAGUUUUGUCAGGAAUUUGCACUUUUACAGACUUUGUAUUUGUAAUUUAGUACAAUCGAUCUAAGCAGGUUUACUGCAGUACAAAGACGCUUUUACAUCCAUCAGCAGCUAUUUUAUAUUUAAUUCCAAUGGAUUGUAAAAAUAGUCCAAAGAGUGAAUUUUGUAGUUAGUUUGCUUUUAAACUUAGACUCAGUACUUCCAAUCCUUAACUUGAAAGUUAUAUUGUUAUUUAUGUCAAAAUUAAAAUCUUUUAUAUGCUUUAGAAAACAUUGUGAUGUUUAUUCUUAUAACAGUUAUUACUAUAUUAAGUAUUUAUUAAUGAACAGUUUGGUAUGUAUCGAUAACAUUUUUUCAAUAAACGGUUUUAUAGCA